CCUUUUUGGGGCAACCAAUGUUUGACCAGGUCGCUAGCAGGAGAACACUCCCGGCGGGCACGCUGCGCCAGGCUCGGGAUGUCAGAGUUGCACGGGCUGCCCGCGAUGCACCGCUCCGUCAGCCUGCCUCCUCGCCAGAGGCGGGAGUGCACCGCAAUGCUGUUGCACGAGUUGAAGCAACCGACAUCAUUCCUCUGCCCGAUCUCGCACCAGUCCAUGCACGACCCCUUGCUGCUCGCGGACGGGCACACGUAUGAGAGGCAGCGCAUCGAGCUCUGGCUCCCCCACGCCACCACUUCGCCAGUCACUGGGCUGGAGCUCUCCUAG